GCCGUCCACUCACAAGCGGCCGCUUACGCCAACAUUAUGAGCCCGUGUGUCGCCCGACAGAUACUGUCCGUUAUUAACGUUAUUAUGGGCGCCGACGGCACUGAUGAUGGCAAGAAACGCAUCGACCAAUUGGCCAGAAAUUCCCGAUACUUCCGGCGGCGACUCAAACAGUUGGGUUUUGUAGUGCUCGGCGACGACGACUCACCCGUAGUACCCGUUAUGAUAUACUUUUUGUCUAAAAUAUCAUGUAUCAUACGUUCAGUGGUGACCAAAGGGGUGGGUUUAGUGGGCGCCGGCUUUCCCGCCACAUCCCUAUCCACAGGACGCGUCCGCUUCUGUGUGUCCGCCUCUCACACGAAACAAAUGCUGGACAAAGUGCUGGACGUGAUGGACGAGAUCGGCGAUCGGGUGUCCGUCAAGUACUCAAAGCUACCAAAAAGCGAUGAGAUUAUCGUUUAUUAACAUUUGGUGUUGAGAUUGAAAAUUAUAGCACAUUUCGAGACCAAAACAAAAACAAUUUUAUAUUUGAUUCACAAUUCAAUUAUAAUAAGCCAUAAGAACUACUUUGUUAAUGAAAUUCCAG